UUACAAAAAAAAAAUUCUUAAAAGAAAUAAAAAAGAAUAGUCGCCGUUGAUGAUCGAUGUCGAAAAUGAAGCAUCUCUUAAGGAAGCUCCACAUCGGCGGUGGUUUAAACGAGCACCAAAGAUUGGCGGAGGCGCGGUCCGUUAUCGCCUCGAGUCCGAACUCGAAUCCGAUGAACGUGACGGGAACGGCGACGAAUUCUUCUUCUCCAUCAUCGCCUUCUGUCGAUUCAAGGGCAACGGGGAGAAUCGGGACCGUUGAAUCGGUCGAGGCAGAUCGGACGGCUGGAGACGAGGUGGAUUUUAAUUUAUUGGAAGAAGAGUUUCAGAUGCAGUUGGCCUUGGCAAUCAGUGCCUCCGAUCCCGAGACAGCUCAGAUCGACGCAGCUAAAAGGAUUAGUCUCGCCGGCACCGACACCAAGGCGUUUGAUGAGUUACUCUCGCUUCGUUAUUGGAACUAUAAUGUUGUAAACUAUGAUGAAAAGAUUGUGGAUGGGUUUUAUGAUGUGUAUGGAAUUGCAUCAAAUUUGGGUGCCCAAGGGAAGAUGCCAACUUUGGUUGAUCUUCAAGCAAUAUCAGUGUUGGAUAAUGUUGAUUAUGAAGUAAUUUUGGUUAACCGAUUGUUUGAUCCUGAAUUGCAAGCACUUGAGAAAAGAGUGAAUAACAUAUAUGUGCAAGCCCAAGCUUUUGGCCAUGUCCCAGUUUUAAAUGGCAUGAUUCAGCAAAUUGCUGAAACAGUUGUAAAUAGAAUGGGUGGUCCCGUUGCUGAUGCUGAAGAGAUGUUGAGAAUGUGGACCUCGAGAAGUUAUGAGUUACGGAAUUCUCUUAACACUAUCAUUCUUCCACUUGGACGGCUUGAUGUCGGACUUUCUCGUCACAGAGCCUUGCUUUUUAAGGUUCUAGCUGAUAGAAUUAACCUCCCCUGCAUUCUGGUCAAAGGGAGUUAUUACACUGGUACAGAUGAUGGAGCUGUGAACUUGGUCAGAAUGAAUAACGGAAGUGAAUAUAUUAUUGAUCUGAUGGGUGCUCCUGGGACACUGAUUCCUGCUGAAGUACCAAGCUGUCACCUCCUAAGUUCUGCGCUUGAUGUAAGAGGCUUUGCUGAUCGUUCUGAAGCUUCUCAGAGUCCACCUGUUCUGCUUGACAAAGGAAUUGUAGAUUUGGCAGUUUCAGCUGCUCUCAAUAUGGGCCCUAAAGUUGGUGCCAUGAGGUCAACAGAGUUUUUCAGCAGUCAGGCAAAUGAAGAGGAGAGGAGCCAUGCUGAAAGAGUUGUCUUUGAGAGAUUUGAACAAGAUUUUAGGAAGCUUCUUCCCUUGACACCUAAAUCUAGUGAAAAUGUUUCUGGCAUCCAUGAAAAGCCAUCAUCAGCGCAAAAGAGAAAGGUUAAAAAUGUUUCUAAGUAUGUUAUCAGUGCAGCAAAGGACCCAGAAUUUGCUCAGAAGUUACAUGCUGUUUUGAUGGAGAGUGGCGCAUCACCUCCUCCAGAUUUGUUCAUGGAUAGUAAUUCUCAGGAUCAUUGUGAACAAAGUAGGGCUGAACAAGUGGUGAAAGGGAUAAAUGUAGAUGAUGCUGCUAGCUGCCAUUCAAAUGAGUUGCCAGUCAAUGCGCUCCGUCUUGUAUCCUCUGGCAUGGAGACUUCAGAAAAUACUGAUUCAAAUCUUGGACAAAACCACAUGGCUAAAUACCAGAGAGAGCUUGGAAUGAAUGCCAUAAAAACUUUAAAUACUGAAGUUACAUCUGCAUCUGAUGCUACAUGUGAGGAAUUUCUUGUUGGUAAUACGGUUAAUGAGCGGACACAAGUUUGUGAGACUUCCUUCUGCUCUGCUAAUGAGUUUUGCCAAAUACAGUCAGAAAAUGUCUUGGUCACGGAUGACAAGUUAAUACAAAGGACUUCUGGUACAGAGUUCUAUAAAGAAUCUGCACUGGAGUUGAUCAAAACCGCAGAUUGUGAUUUGCAUUUGAUUAGUAAGGUUCACAGUGAGAAGAUACAUCCUAUGCUUAGGGAGGUUUCAGAAUGGGAAAUCCCAUGGGAGGAUCUUCAAGUUGGUGAACGCAUCGGUAUUGGAUCAUAUGGUGAGGUCUACCGAGCAGAUUGGAAUGGCACUGAGGUUGCUGUGAAGAAGUUUCUAGAUCAAGACUUCUCUGGUGAUGCAGUGGUUCAGUUUAAAUGUGAAGUUGAAAUCAUGUUAAGGUUAAGACAUCCAAAUGUUGUUCUUUUCAUGGGAGCUGUUACUCGGUCUCCACAUUUCUCUAUACUCACAGAGUUUCUACCCAGGGGAAGUUUGUAUAAGAUACUGCAUCGAUCCAAUCCGCAACUUGAUGAGAAGAGACGGAUGAGAAUGGCUCUUGAUGUGGCUAAAGGAAUGAAUUAUUUGCACACAAUCCAUCCUACUAUAGUUCAUCGAGAUCUGAAAACACCAAAUCUCCUUGUCGAUAAGAACUGGGUUGUAAAGGUAUGUGAUUUCGGGUUGUCACGCAUGAAACAUCACACAUUCCUCUCUUCAAAGUCUACUGCUGGAACGCCUCAAUGGAUGGCCCCGGAAGUUGUAAGGAACGAACCAGCUAAUGAGAAAUGUGAUGUGUACAGUUUUGGUGUGAUAUUAUGGGAGCUGGUUACACUGCGUGUUCCUUGGAAAGGUUUGAAUCCAAUGCAAGUUGUUGGAGCUGUUGGAUUCCAGAAUAGGCGUCUCGAAAUUCCCGAAGAUAUUGACCCAAUUGUUGCACAUAUAAUACGUGAAUGUUGGCAAACGGAGCCACACCUCCGACCAUCAUUUGCACAGCUCGUAUCCCGACUACGACGUCUUCAACAGCUGUAUGUCGAAAAGCCGAACUCGGAAAAUCAAAUUACAGGUUGAUUUUUGAUGUAAUAAGAACUCCAUUAGCUGUUUCCUGGCUUGAAAAUGAACCAGGCAGCCAGAAAGGUUAGUUCUAAAUGUGCAAAGAAAGUUCAAAAAAGAGUGGGGAUGGGGACGUGCCGGCUCAUUCGAAACGGGGGAUCGGCACUUCCGUCCCGAAUGAGAGUGGAUCGAUUCCUCUGAUAAGUGAUCAGCUGCAUAAGUGCAGUGGAGGAUACCACCUGAAAACCGUGCUUAGUAUUAUGAAUAGGUUCAGCAUUUGUCAACUGUAAGAAUGUUGCAAAAAAA